AGUGAACAUGUAUACACGUACCGAUAGGUUACACAUGGGUGUCUUUAAACAUUUACUCUAUCAAGUAUACAUGUAUACAAUCCUGUAUAGAUCUACAGUCUUCUUUACAGGUGUUUCCAGUGUGACCUAGAAUGCUUGCCAACCUGCUGCGACUUCUGUUAGUGUUGUGUGUAUGGCAUGCCAUUGAAGCUCAACAUGAUGAGAGUGCUUUGUAUAGCCACAAUGGUUUAAACUGUUACAAAUGUGAGCGCGGUGAAUUUGUGAAACAUCACUGUACAGAGGAUUUGACUUCAGCUGACUGUUCCCCCUGCCCUAAUGGAACGUUCCAGUUGGCACGAAAUCAGGCCACUUCCUGUGCAGUGUGUAAGCCUUCAUGUUUGGUAGAAAAUGCAUCGCCAUAUCAACCGUGUAACGCAACAAGUAACUUGCUGUGUCGCUGUGACGAGGGUUACUGGGGAAAUGCAGAAGAAGGAAUUAGCAAACACUGUAAAUUACACCAAGUUUGCAAACAUGGUUCCGUUAUUAGCAAAAACGGGACACAUGCUAGCGAUGUGAAGUGUGAAUUCUGUCAGCCUGGGACUUACUAUGUGGCUCAAAAUGGAAGUCAUCAGGCGUAUUGUGAGAUGUGCUCCAACUGUUCUUCAGGGAUGGUGCAGGUCUCGUCAUGUAACAGUCUACACAACACGGUCUGCGAGCCACAAGAACAAUCAGGCCUGUCUGUAGGAGCUAUUGCAGGAAUUGUUAUUGGGGUCAUCGUUGUAAUUAUAAUUAUAAUUAUAAUUGUUGUCUUGAAAUUCUGCUGCUGUAGACGUAGACCAAACGGGAAAGAAAAUGGUGAUCCUGGAGAAAUGCAGCCAGCUCUUAGCAAUGGGGAAGCGAGAUCAGAGAAUUCUGGAGACGUAGAACCGCCUGUAGGUGAAGGUCGCCCAACAGGACCUGGGGCAGAUCCUCCACUGGACAUCAUACACUCAUCUGGCCCUGCGGAACAACCUGCUGACCUGGAAAGUAAUGGACCUGGACCCACAGAACCCCCAUCCGAAACAGCACAAGAAGAAUUUGAAGAGAGUGAUAAUAUACUUAAAGGCGACUGUAGGCGAGAAAUUUUUAAAAUUUUGACGGAAAAGUUGUCUGAUUGGAAUGGCUUCUUCACAAACUUGCCAGAUGAAGAAUGGCAAGAAAAUGCUGUGGCAAUCUCUGAACAGACUGAAAUAGAAGUAAAGCGUAAUGGAAUCUUUACCGUAAAAGCCAUGAUUGAUGAAGUACUUAGGAAGUGGACCCAGCAGUGUCCACAACAUGUCACCAUCACGGCAAUAUCAAAAGCUCUGAUUUGUGCUGGUAAACCCGAUAUCAAGCUUUUGAUUCAACAAAAAUACUCAGAACUGCGGAUGCAGUAACUGUAAACUUUAACAGUGUUUCCAAUGUCUGUUACGUUCAUAGAAAAAAGAGACUACUGAUUGUUUAUUAUGCUGAGAUCCAGUUCAGUGGUUGAGAUAGGCUUUUGGACUUGUCAGUAAGGGGAAAGAAGUGCCUUAUCUGGUGGGGAAAAAAAAAAAAAAAAACCCCAAACAAUUCAUAUGUAAGUAUGAAAUAUUGUAAGAUUUGCCCAAACUUGUAAAAUGUCUUACAACUAGACAGGCACAUGCUGGCCAGAUCUCACUCUGCAUAUGCCUAUGAUGGCAGAAGAAAUACUAUAUGAGAUGUGCUGGGUUGUUCCUAGCUGAACCCAUGAUGGUUUCUUCCCAUUCCAACCAGUGCUCCACAACUGCUGUACUGAAAGCUGUGGGUUAAUGCCUUGUGUGGGGGAAAGUGCCUAUAAACUGAGUAGUGUAUGUGGUAGGACCAGUUUGUCUAACACUCAAACACUAAGUUAGGCCUCAGUGGUGUAGUGCAAUUGUCAUUGGACUUGAAGCUGGUAGGGUGCAAGGUUUGUGUGAUAGCCGACCUGAGGCAGGCACUGCGCAUUCCGAGUAUAUGAUGCCAUAUAAGGGAGGAUUACCCAGCAGGCACUGCUCAUUCCGAGUAUAUGAUGCCAUAUAAGGGAGGAUUACCCAGCAGGCACUGCGCAUUCCGAGUAUAUGAUGCCAUAUAAGGGAGGAUUACCCAGCAGGCACUGCGCAUUCCGAGUAUAUGAUGCCAUAUAAGGGAGGAUUACCCAGCAGGCACUGCGCAUUCCGAGUAUAUGAUGCCAUAUAAGGGAGGAUUACCCAGCAGGCACUGCGCAUUCCGAGUAUAUGAUGCCAUAUAAGGGAGGAUUACCCAGUAGGCACUGCUCAUUCCGAGUAUAUGAUGCCAUAUAAGGGAGGAUUACCCAGCAGGCACUGCGCAUUCCGAGUAUAUGAUGCCAUAUAAGGGAGGAUUACCCAGCAGGCACUGCGCAUUCCGAGUAUAUGAUGCCAUAUAAGGGAGGAUUACCCAGCAGGCACUGCGCAUUCCGAGUACUCAGGGCAGCUAUGGCCAUCGAAUGGUCCCAUUACCACAAUGUAAAUCCUACAGCUUCACCUCUCAUCUCAUUAUUAUCAUGUUUGUUUGCGAUGUCUUAAUUGAAGAAAUGUCUUUGUCUGUAUGUUACUUGUAUGGUGCAAAAGGAAACAAAAACCUGUUAAAGAAACCUUAAAUAUGACAUUUCACAGUUAUUGUUUUUUUAUUCACUGAUUAAGCCAUGAACCAUUUUUGUGGGCAAUUUUACAAAAUGUUGUAUGUUUAUGUCUGCAACUCGUACCGGGCAUACAUUUAUAAGUGUUUGGCAUCUAUUUUCAGAGCCGAUUUAUCUUAGUAGCAGGUACUACAGGCACCACGCUUGCACUUCAAAGGGGCCUGUAGUGAUGUGUACAUUUAUUUAACCAGGUCAUUUUUUCCCCUCUCCCCGAGGGGGUUGCAAAAUAUAUAUCCUGGGAAGGGGGCCCUGCUGUUAUUUAUGCUACAGGCCCCGCAGAUCCUUAAACCGGCUCUGUCUAUUUCACGAAAAAAAUUACAUCAUUACGGAAAAUGGAGCAUUUUAAGGACAAAGAAAGAAAGAAAGAAAUGUUUUAUUUAAUGAGUGCGUUAAAUAAAAC